CUAGUACGGCAAAACGCUACUGGGUAUAAGCUGUGGGCGCUCACAGUUCAGCACGGCGGGAACAAUACGGGUGAAGGCGCAUUAGAACUAGGCACCAAAAUACUGAGCCACACCCUUAUUGCCAACAGCGUCCCCGAUAGGACCUCUGUCCCAGUCAAGUUGCUGCUGUUCCUCUCCAAUCGAAUGUUGAAGAAGGAUCAGAAACUAGCUUUAUGCUU